AUGGGCGGGGUUGGUCGUGGGGUUGGGGAGGGCAGGGGGCGGGGAGGAGGAGGAAGGCGCUGGCGGGCAGUGAUGGCGGCGGGUGAUGGGGACGUGAAGCUAGGCACCCUGGGGAGUGGCAGUGAGAGCAGCAGCGACGGCAGCAGCGAGAGCCCCAGCGGCGCGGGAGCGGCAGCCGAAGGGGGCGGCUGGGCGGCAGCAGCGUUGGCGCUUUUGACGGGGGGCGGGGAGAUGCUGCUGAACGUGGCGCUGGUGGCGCUGGUGCUGCUGGGGGCCUACCGGCUGUGGGUGCGCUGGGGGCGGCGGGGUCUGGGCGCCGGGGCCGGAGCGGGCGAGGAGAGUCCCGCUGCCUCUCUGCCUCGCAUGAAGAAGCGGGACUUCAGCUUGGAGCAGCUGCGCCAGUACGACGGGUCCCGCACCCCGCGCAUCCUGCUCGCGGUCAAUGGGAAAGUCUUCGACGUGACCAAAGGCAGCAAGUUCUACGGCCCCGCCGGUCCAUAUGGAAUAUUUGCUGGUAGGGAUGCCUCCAGAGGACUAGCGACAUUUUGCCUAGAUAAAGAUGCACUUAAAGAUGAGUAUGAUGAUCUCUCAGACUUGAAUGCUGUACAAAUGGAGAGUGUUCGAGAAUGGGAAAUGCAAUUUAAAGAAAAAUACGAUUAUGUAGGCAGACUCCUAAAACCAGGGGAAGAACCAUCAGAAUAUACAGAUGAAGAAGAUACCAAGGAUCACAAUAAACAGGAUUGAACUUUGUAAACAACCAAAGUCAGGGGCCUUCAGAACUGCAAUUCUUAUUACUCCCUUUCACAGAAUGUCCGGCGUCUUUGGGUUUGGUUCACCUGCUGCAAAAAACAUUCAACAGAUUCUAUACAAGCUAAAUGAGUCUCACUAUGAAGAUUUGAAUACUAGACAUUAUUUAUGCUGCCAAACUCAUUUGUUGCAGUUGUUCGUAAUGUCUGGUGGGGCGUCAUCAUCCUGAAAAGGAGGAAACGAACUUUUUUUUAAAGAGCAAGAAAGUUACAAGGUUACUCCUUCCUCCCUUCCUUCCUUCCUUCCUUUUUCUUUCCUUCCUUCUUCCUCCCUCCCUCCCUCCCUCAUUCCCUCCCAACCUUCUUUUUUUUUUUUUUUUUUUUUUUUAAAUCAAAGACAACCAGAUAUGUAUUUGCUACUUAAAUGUACAAAUCUCCUCAAAAACAGCAAGGGAUUCAUGUGCUGUGUUCUUGUUUAAGCUUUGAGGGAAGAGACCUGGGCAGGAGAGGUUGGGGGUGCACAUCAAUUUGAGUAGUUUAGGUUACUGAAACAUUAAAAUGUGAAUUCCCAAACUUCUCUUUUGGGUUUUGUCAGGGAAAAGAAAAAAACCUUUAUUUCUAAGGAAUUAGGAAAAGGGAUUUCAAGUGGAUCUAAGUCAAAGCUAAUUCCCCAGUAGUAAUAUCAUUUGCAACUAGUGUUUAUCCCUUCCCUUCCCCUAGAUCAAAUCAAUAUUAAUUGUGCCUUAUUUCACUUACAUAGACUUGAAUUAUUUUAGGGAAAGCCCCUAUGUGAAUUCAGAAGUCACUACAAGCAGCAUUGAGACUGAAGUUGGGAUAUUCUGUUGACUGCAAAACCUUGAUGUCAUUCUGUGUAUAUAGAAUGUAAAAGGAAUAUUCAGUGUUACUGCCACAUAUGUUAAUAUACACAAACUUAAUUAGCAUUGUAAUGGCCAAAUGCAUUCCCUCCUGCUUUUUCUCUUUAAAAAAAAAAAAAAUUGAAAAACAGAUCAACUCUGUCCCCCAACAGCUGCCUAAUUUUAGGAGUCUGACCCUCACAUCUCAUUGGUGUGGGUGCAUGGGGCGUAGUAUGGAUGUUGUAUGGGUGUGUCUGAAUGUGUGUGAGAGCGCUUUGAAAGGGACUCUGCAGAUACUGUAAAUAUCAGUACCGUUUUAAUAAAGCAUGUACAAUAAACCAAAA